AUGUCCUCGCCCGCUUGGAUGUCCCAGGUCCCGCUACUGCCCCGAGUCCCUCUACCGACCAUGACGACUCGGAGAUGGCGGUACGCGCUCGUCGUCGGCGCCGUGAUAACGGGCAUCGUGCUGAUCCUCGAUGCCGCGACAGUCUUCAGCGAGCAACCCCUCACGAAGCAGUACUACACCUCGGCCAAGGAGCUCCUCACUCCCUGCCCGGAGUGGUGCGAGGUCGACCCCUUCCGCCAACCUGGCAUGCUGCACUGGUCCCCAAGUGGUGCCGACAACGAAACACGAUGGCUCCCCUUCCCCUCGGCCGACUACGAGUGGGACGCGCAGGCCCCUUCUUCCGAUCUUCCGCAUACGGACGAGAUCCCCGCUCAGGCCUGGCUCGCCGCGCCGAAACAGUACACUGCCCUCCUUGAGCGCUUCAAGCCGACCACAGAGGGAGAAUGGCAGGACUGGACCCCUCCCCGUGAUCUGAACUGGCUCCGAAAUCGGACCGUGAUCUUGAUCGGCUCCUCGCACGACCGGAACAACAACGAUCAGAUGUGCGAGAUCAUUGGCGGGAAGAAGGGCAGCUGGGGCGGACACUCGGGCGGAUACUGUUAUCACGAGGGGUUGGAUCUGCUCGUCGCGAAUUGGUUCCUCUACGGCAUGAUCGACUCUGACGACGGUUGGCCGCACGGCGAGGAGCACCCGUUCCCGUUCGAGGACCGCUUCGAGAAGAUUAUGAUCCCCCAAAUGACUAAGCUCGGGUACGAGAAGCGCGUGCCCGACCUCGUCAUUGCCUCGAGCCUGUUUUGGGACGAAAAGUUCCUCGACGAGCGUGGACGGGACAAGACUGUCGACCGUAAGAGCGCGCACGGGUUUUGGUGGAAUGAGCUAGCCUGGUUCCGCGGCCGCGUUAGGAAGCUUGUCGAGACUGUCCGUGAGAUGUGGCCGCACACGCCCGUCAUGUUUAGGACAAGACAGCUCCGCUCUAGUGUGGACAACUUCCACCUCCUCACCAUCUUCCAGCUCGACCAGGGGCUGCGGGCACUGGGCAAGGAGCUCGGUGUCAGGCUCUUCACCUGGGGUGAUAAACUCGAAGGCUACAAUGUCUAUUAUGAUAAUGAUCAGCACUUUGCCAAGGGACCGAACACGUACCUCUUUGGCGACAUGCUCCUGUUCUACCUCCAUCGCGCUGUCACGCCGGGAUGUUGGCAGUGUCAGAAGGAGUAA